UCUCAGCUGCUCCAUAAUGCUGAUUCUGAGCAAAUGCCCUUUUAGGAAUUUGAUCCACUACCACGCUGUUUGCCAUGCAUGUCAGCGCGCCGGCCACGCAUCCUGCCUAAUGUAGUAAUUCUUCAGUAUACGACUUCAGUCAUGUCGUUGGGUAUAGAUAGAGUUCUUACCCACGCGUUCGCGCUCUUGUGCGUCCUUGAAAAGGUCUCCCGUUUUCCAAAGCCACUUGUCCACCGGCCCGACUGCAAUUAGCCAUUUUUAUUCCCAUCUCGGCCUGGAUGUGGUACAAGCGACGGCGGAGGAGAAUCUUCGGUGGGAAAGAAGUCACGUAAUGGCGGAUCUUUCAUCAUUGACCUCGGCCGAGCUGGACCAAUAUCUCGAUAAGCCGGCCCUCGACCCGCCCGAUAAUAUUAUCCCAAACUUCGACGAUCCGCCGAAUAAGAAUUACGCUGCUAAAGUCCUAUUGCCUUUAUGUUUAGCGAUAACAACGAUAGCGAUACUAUUUCGAGUUUAUGCAAAAUUAUUCUGUGUGAAGAAAUUUGAAUUUCCCGAUAUUUUAAUGUUAAUUGGCUUUGGUUGCUAUGUAACGGAUAUUUAUUUCGGUUAUCGCCUGCUGGGCAAUACAGGCGUUUUUGUGCAUCAAUGGGACAUCCGUUGGAAGGAUAUGGCGGAUGCCAUCUUUCCUAUCUUCAUCAGUGGGAGCUUUUAUAUCGGAGUCAUCAUGACCAUAAAGGCUGCCAUUCUUUUGGAUUGGAUCCAGGUGUUCAUCCCAUAUGGAAUUCGGGAUCGUUUUUUCUGGCUCUGUUACGGCGUGCUGGGCGCGAAUACCGUUUUCUAUAUCAUACACCUAUUUCUCAUGAAUUUCGCCUGUACACCGGUUGAGAAAAAUUGGAAUCCCCUAUUCGAUGGCGGCUCCUGUCAUAUUGACAUUCAGGUCUUCAAAAUUGCGACAGCUACUGUCAAUCUAUUUUCGGACAUCAUCAUGUUCCUUCUGCCACAGCAAGUCAUCUGGAACCUAAAAUUGCCAACGAGGACGAAAACCGGUGUAAUCGUCAUUUGCGCAUUCGGUCUAUUGUGCUGUAUCGCAGCUGGCUUCCGCCUAGGCUCAGAAGUCAAGUACACCAGAUCGGACGAUCAGUUCUACCAUACAACGCCUAUCUUGCUUUGGGCGCUCGUAGAAAUUACAUGCCUGUUUGUAGUUUUCGGCGUUCCUAGUCUAGCUAGGAUACUGACUGACGUCCACCUCCCAACCUCAUUCGGCUCACCACUUUUAUCAGUCGACGACCGGUUUACUCGACGGCCCCUUUCUAAGAUCAGCAAGAUAAGUAGUCUUCGCUCGUCGCCAUGGGCCGGUUCCGGCAUGAUUAUCAAGCAUACCCGGGGACCUUCAUCCCACACAUUUUAUCGCAAGAUCAAUAAUGGCCGUGGAGGCAUGAUGUUGACGACAAUUGACUCUUCACGUGGCCCAGCGGUGUCGGAUUCGAUGGAAGGAUUGAGGGAUGAAACCCUGCAGCACGGUAUCACCAGACCCGAAGCCGGCGUGAUAAUACGAACGACGCAGUUCGUGAGGCGUGAAGAAUUUGGAAACUAUGAGCGUAGUCUCUCAGACCACAGCGCAUAUGACCGCCAACAUCCAUGGGCAAAGGAUCGCAUAUAGAGGUUAUAUAGAAUACAUACCAUUCUCUCCUCGCGGAGUAGUUAAUGAAUCUGAUACCAACUUUUAACAAUUAU